AUGGCAAAGGAGUUCUCUAAUGAUGAGCAGUACCGAGGCUAUCAGGGUCUCCCAUUUGGUGGGACUACCCGCUACGCCAGUAUCAAGAACCACGAGGGUCUUGAGCAAUCAUGGGGUGAUGAAUUGGAAUCCCUAGGGUACAUGCUCCUCUACUUUGUUCGUGGUUCACUCCCUUGGCAGGGUUUGAAGGCCGCGACAGAGGACAAAAAGCGCAAACUUGUCCAACAGAAGAAGAUGGCUCUAUCAGGCGGGGAGCUUUUCCGUGAUCUUCUGCCGGCUGAGUUUGCCACGUAUAUCGAAUACACGCGGUCGCUGGGGUUUCAGGUCAAACCUGACUAUAGGUACCUUCGUACCCUUUUCCGCACUCGCUUUCAAUCUGAGGGCUUCAAGUACGACAACGUCUUUCAUUGGACUAUCAAACGGUUCCAGGAGAUCAACGGCGAGACAAGCUAG